GAAUGUUGAUUUCCAGAGAACUGAGUCUGGGCCACACCCCCUGGUUUAACUACUGUGGACCUGUAGGCUGUCUGCAGUGGUGCCAGGUGCUGCCCAGUGUCCACAGUUUGGUUCAACGUUGACGUUGUAGCUUCCAGGACAUAUAUCCAGUUUUAUUUUGGUAACCAUGUUUAAUGUUGUUACUUCCUGUGUCUGUGAUGACCUUCACCUGCCUGAAGGUGUCACACCUGUCCCUCAUCACCUCUAAUUCUGUCACUGCUGGAUGUGUGGUCAACGCUGCUGUGUUCCUGCUGCUGGAUUUAUUUCUCCUUUCAUUUUUAGCUUUUUCCUUCGAGUCUCAUCUCAUCCGCUCCAGAAUUCACAUCUUUUUCUCCAUGCAAGACAAAAUCAAACGGCUGCUGUUGAUCCUGAACGACUGUUGAUGCAUCAACUUCACAGCUGCCACCACAGGAUUGACCCUCAAACAUCCUCUGGUCAGUGAAGCUUCCCUGUACAACCAGUAGAUUUGUGGCAGCAGCAGCAGCAGCAGCAGCAGCAGCAGCAGCAUGGCCUGAGUGUUUGAUUACAACAGAGAAAUGAUGGAAGUGAAAGAGCGACGUCCCUACUGCUCACUCAACAAGAGCCGCAAAGACCAGGAGCAACUUUAUACUGGAUCUUCAGUGGACAGUGAAGACAACAGUUCUCAGGGACUCCGGGUUCCCACACAGAAAUCCUACUCAUCCAGUGAAACACUGAAGGCUUUUGAUCAACACCAGGACCAGACCAGGUUACUGUACGGAACCAACAGAGGACACAGGGACAUGGUUCACCGAGAACAGGACGACUACGACAGAGCAGGUCAGCACUUCAGUUUGCGACAGCUGGGCAUCUGUGAGCCUCCCUCACGCCGAGGAUUGACCUUCUGCUCCGACAUUGGCCUCCCGCACCGUGGGUUCUCAGUGGGCACGGGCCAGGACCUGGACUCGGAGACUCAGGCGGUGAUGUCACCAGAGCGGGCCAUGAGGCUGUGGGGCCGUGGAGGUUUGGGGAAAUCAUCUGGGAGGAGUUCCUGCCUGUCCAGCCGAUCCAACUCCGCGUUGACGCUGACGGACACAGAGCACGAGAACAAGUCGGACAGCGACAACGAGCAACAGUCCAAUCACCACGCCUCCACGCUGCCUCCACUCCCGCCUCCACACCUCCAGCCGCCAUCGGUCACAGCACUCAACCAAUCGCUGGGCUCCACACUCCACGCCGGCCAGUCUCUCCACUCCACUCGGACACUAACUCCUCCCACUGGAAACCCGGCACUUGUGGCCGGCCAAUCACCAGGCGAGCUGCAGACUACGCCCCCUGAGAGCGUCCCGCUGCAAGACAGCUGGGUGCUGGGCAGCAAUGUGCCUCUGGAAACAAGGCACUUCCUCUUUAAGACAGGAACAGGCACCACUCCCCUCUUCUCCACGGCCACGCCCGGCUAUACCAUGGCCACAGGAUCCGUCUACUCCCCUCCGACCCGCCCUUUACCCAGAACCACACUGUCCCGCUCCGCCUUCAAGUUCAAAAAGACAUCCAAGUUCUGCUCCUGGAGGUGUACAGCUCUCAGUGCUGUAGGACUCUCUGUGCUACUGUCUGUUCUGCUCUGUUACUGUAUAGCCAUGCACCUGUUUGGACUGAACUGGCAGCUCCAGGAGAGCGAUGGAUACGGAACCUUUGAGAACGGAGCAGGAGGAAGAGACACCACAGCCAACACCUUCAUGGUGUCAACAGACAACGGUAAACUGUUUCUUCUAGAAAACAACACCAUUGACAUCGGAGAAGUUGACGUGGGAAGAAGAGCCAUACAAGAUGUUCCACCAGGUGUGUUCUGGAGGUCUCAGCUCUACGUGGACCAACCGCAGUUCCUUAAGUUCAACAUCUGCGUGCACAAAGACGCUCUGGUGGGAGUGUAUGGACGUAAAGGCCUGCCACCAUCACACACACAGUACGACUUUGUGGAGCUACUGGAUGGAAGCAGACUCACGUCCAAAGAAAAGCGAGCACUCAGGGAAACAGAUGAAGCUGCUGAACACGUGGAGCCUCAAACCCGUCACGUGCGCUCCGUGAAUGUGCACGAGGCUGGUUUCAUCCAGUACCUGGACCUGGGGAUCUGGCACCUGGCUUUCUACAACGACGGCCGAAAUACAGAGCAUGUUUCGUUCAACACCAUCGUCAUCGACUCGAUCAUGGAGUGUCCUCAGAAUUGUCAUGGAAACGGUGAUUGUCUCUCUGGAAUUUGUCACUGUUUCCCAGGAUUCCUGGGUCCUGACUGCUCUCGAGCAGCCUGUCCGGUGCUGUGCAGCGGGAACGGUCAGUACUCCCGUGGACGCUGCCAGUGCUACAGCGGCUGGAAAGGCACGGAGUGCGACGUUCCGUCCAAUCAGUGCAUCGACAUCCACUGUGGAGGACAUGGAAUCUGCAUCAUGGGAGCCUGCAUCUGUAACACCGGAUACAAGGGAGAAAACUGUGAGCAAGUGGACUGCAUGGACCCCAGCUGUUCAGCCCACGGAGUUUGUAUUCAUGGAGAGUGUCACUGCCAGCCCGGCUGGGGUGGGUCCAGCUGUGAGAUUGUCAAGGCCAUGUGUCCGGACCAGUGUUCAGGUCACGGAACCUACAACGCAGAGACCACUUCCUGUGCGUGUGACCAGAACUGGACCGGAGCUGACUGCGCGUUAGAGGUGUGUGAGGUGGACUGCGGCACCCAUGGAGUGUGUUAUGGCGGAGUGUGUCGCUGCGAGGACGGCUGGACAGGAAGUGUGUGUGACCAGAAGGCGUGUCAUCCUAUGUGCAGCAAGAACGGCGUGUGUAAGGAGGGGAAGUGUGAGUGUGACCAGGGCUGGACUGGCGAACACUGCAACAUAGAGGGUUGCCCAGGUCUCUGCAACAACAACGGACGCUGCACCCUGGAGACAAGCGGCUGGCACUGCAUCUGCCAAUCAGGAUGGAGGGGUGCAGGGUGCCACGUUGCCAUGGAAACUGUCUGUACUGAUGGAAAGGACAACGAAGGAGACGGUCUCCUGGACUGCAUGGAUCCAGACUGCUGUCUGCAGCCGUCCUGUCAGAAUCACCUGUUCUGUGUAGGCUCCCCUGAACCGGCGGAGCUGCUCAGUCAGUCUCCAUCCUCAUUGGCUCCUCAGCAGGCUGCGAGGUCCUUUUAUCAGCGCGUCCACUUCCUGCUCGGUCCUGAAUCCACUCAUGUCAUCAAUGGAGAAAAUCCCUUCAACAGAAGCUUGGUGUCCAUCAUCCGAGGUCAGGUGUUGACGGCCGAUGGAACUCCUCUCAUCGGAGUCAAUGUCACUUUCCUUCAUUAUCCCGAACACGGACACACAGUGACGCGCAAGGACGGCCUGUUCGACCUGCUGGCCAAUGGUGGAGCGUCUCUGACCCUGAGCUUUGAGCGCGCUCCGUUCAUCACUCAGUACAGGACAGUGUGGCUACCAUGGAAUGUCUUCCAUGUGAUGGACACGCUGGUCAUGAAGAAGGAGGAGAACGACAUCCCCAGCUGUGACCUGAGUGGCUUCGUCAGACCCAGCCCCGUCAUCGUGGCUUCACCUCUGUCCACAUUCUACAGAAGUUCUCCUGCGGACGGACCCAUUAUUCCCGAGACACAGGUCUUACAGGAGCAAACCUCCAUUCCAGGUAGUGACCUCCACCUGGUCUACCUGAGCUCCAGGGCCUCAGGAUACAAACCAGUCCUGAGGAUCACCAUGACCCAAACCUCCAUCCCCUUCAACCUGAUGAAGGUUCACCUCAUGGUGGCAGUAGUGGGUCGUCUGUUCCAGAAAUGGUUCCCUGCCCAACCGAACCUGUCCUACACCUUCAUCUGGGACAAAACCGAUGCCUAUGGUCAGCGGGUCUACGGACUUUCCGAAGCUGUUGUGUCAGUGGGCUUUGAGUACGAGUCCUGUCUGGACCUGAUCCUAUGGGAGAAGCGGACGGCAACAUUACAGGGCUUCGAACUGGACGCGUCCAACAUGGGAGGCUGGACUCUGGACAAACACCACAUCCUGGACAUUCAGAACGGUAUUUUGUACAAGGGCAACGGUGAGAACGUGUUUAUUUCCCAGCAGCCUCCUGUCAUCAGCAGCAUCAUGGGAAAUGGGCGCCGCCGCAGCAUCUCCUGUCCCAGCUGUAACGGUCAGGCUGAAGGAAACAAACUCCUCGCUCCUCUCGCUCUGGCUUGUGGAGCCGACGGCAGCCUCUACGUCGGAGACUUCAACUACAUCCGCAGGAUCUUUCCAUCUGGGAACGUCACCAGUGUUAUGGAGCUGAGCAACAACCCCGCCCACCGCUACUACAUGGCCACUGACCCGGUCACAAGUCAGCUCUAUGUGUCCGACACCAACUCCAGAAGAAUCUACCGACCCAAGAUGCUUAGCGGCGCGCGGGACCUGAUCAGCAAUGGAGAAGUUGUGGCUGGAACAGGUGAGCAGUGUCCUCCAUUUGAUGAGUCCAGGUGUGGCGACGGAAGAAAAGCUACCGAAGCUCAGCUGCUGGGACCGAAAGGGAUUGCCGUUGACAAAAACGGUCUCAUCUACUUUGUAGAUGGAACCAUGAUCAGGAAAGUGGACCGCAACGGGAUUAUCUCCACUGUUCUGGGCAGUAAUGACCUGACCUCUGCCAGACCACUGACCUGUGACACCAGCAUGCACGUUAAACAGGUUCGUCUGGAAUGGCCCACAGACCUGGCCAUUAACCCCAUGGAUAAUUCCAUCUACGUCCUGGACAACAAUGUCGUCCUGCAGAUCACUGAAAACAGACAGGUUCGUAUCGUAGCGGGUCGGCCUAUGCACUGCCAGGUUCCUGGUAUAGAAUACACUCUGGGAAAGAGGGCGGUGCAGACCAUGUUGGAAGGGGCCACGGCCAUCGCCCUGUCCUACAGCGGCGUCCUCUACAUCGCUGAGACUGACGAGAAGAAGAUUCACCGCAUUCGUCAGGUGUCCACCGAUGGAGAAAUCACUCAUUUAGCUGGAGCGCUCUCUGAGUGUGACUGUAAGAACGAUGCUAACUGUGACUGCUACCAAACUGGAGACGGCUACGCCAAAGACGCCCGCCUCAAUUGUCCUUCUUCUUUGGUGGUGUCUCCAGACGGAACACUCUAUGUGGCCGAUUUGGGAAACAUCCGUAUCCGGGCCAUACGUAGAAACCAACCACCCACAGGUUCCCUGGCUUCUGGUCCCAGUUCUUAUGAAGUAGCUUCUCCGGCGACUCAGGAACUUUACGUGUUUGACUGGAAUGGAACUCAUCAGUUCACAAUGUCGCUCGUCACAGGAGACUUCAAGUACAACUUCAGCUACAGUAAUGAGGACGAUGUGACGGCAGUGACGGACAGCAGUGGGAACACGCUGCGUAUCCGUAGAGACACCAACAGGUUGCCUGUACGGGUGGUUGCCCCCGACAACCAGGUGAUCUGGCUCAACAUCGGCACAAAUGGAGGUCUAAAGACUUUGACAGCUCAGGGAAAGGAACUGGUUCUGUUCAGUUACCACGGCAACAGUGGGUUGUUGGCAACAAAGAGCAUCCAGAUCGGCUGGACCACAUUCUACGACUAUGACAGUGAAGGACGGCUGACCAACGUGACCUUCCCUACAGGCGUGGUUACCAACCUCCACAGUGACAUGUCCUCAGGAGCUGUAGCUGUGGACGUGGAGACGUCAGGAAGGGAGGAGGACGUGUCCAUCACCACAAACCUGUCCUCCAUUGACUCUUUCUACACUCUGGUGCAGGAUCAGCUGAGGAACAGUUAUCAGGUUGGAAACGAUCACUCGCUCAGACUCAUCUAUGCCAAUGGGAUGGACACUCACUAUCAGACUGAACCAAACAUUCUAGCAGGUGCCGCUAAUCCGACCAUCGCUCGAAGGAACAUGACGCUCCCUGGAGAGAACGGUCAGAACUUGGUGGAGUGGAGGUUCAGGAAGGAACAGACAAGAGGGAAAGUCAUCGUCUACGGCCGUAAACUCAGGGUGAACGGCAGGAACCUGCUCUCCGUUGACUAUGACCGCUCUCUGCGAACAGAGAAGAUCUACGAUGACCACAGGAAGUUCCUGUUGAAGAUCAUCUACGACACUCAGGGUCAUCCCACGCUCUGGGUUCCCAGCAGCAAGCUGCUGUCUGUAAACCUCACCUACUCCAGUACAUUGUUUGUGACUGGUCUUCAAAGGGGUCCGACCACAGAGCGUUGGGAGUACGACGCUCAGGGCAGGAUCACAUCCCGAGUCUUUGCUGAUGGAAAGAUCUGGAGCUACACCUACCUGGACAAGUCCAUGGUGCUGCUGCUCCACAGCCAGCAUCAGUACAUCUUCGAGUACGACUCGGCAGACCGGCUCUCGGCCGUCACCAUGCCCAGCGUGGCCCGUCACACCAUGCAGACCAUCAGGUCUGUGGGAUACUACAGGAACAUCUAUACUCCCCCGGAGAGCAACGCCUCAGUCACUGUGGACUACUCUGAGGACGGACAGCUCCUCAGAGUGGCCCAUCUCGGCACCGGGCGACAGAUUCUGUACAAAUAUCGCCGACAGAACAAACUGGCUGAGAUUCUCUACGACUCAACCCGCGUCAGUUUCACCUACGACGAGACCGCCGGCGUCCUGAAGACGGUCAACCUGCAGAGCGAAGGGUUCAUUUGCUCCAUCCGCUACCGGCAGAUCGGCCCCCUGGUGGACCGACAGAUAUUCCGCUUCAGCGAGGACGGGAUGGUGAACGCACGCUUCGACUACACCUACGACAACAGCUUCAGGGUGACCAGCAUGCAGGCUGUCAUCAACGAGACGCCGCUGCCCAUCGACCUGUAUCAGUUUGACGAUAUCAGCGGGAAGGUGGAGCAGUUUGGGAAGUUUGGAGUCAUUUACUACGACAUUAACCAGAUCAUCUCCACGGCUGUGAUGACCUACACCAAACACUUUGACCAGCACGGACGGAUCAAGGAGAUCCAGUACGAGAUCUUCAGGUCCCUGAUGUACUGGAUCACCAUUCAGUAUGACAACGUGGGCCGUGUCACCAAACGGGAGAUAAAGAUUGGACCCUUCGCCAACACCACCAAGUACGGCUACGAGUAUGACGUGGACGGGCAGCUGCAGACGGUCUCGCUCAACGAGAAGAUGAUGUGGAGGUACAACUACGACCUCAAUGGGAACCUACACCUGCUGAACAGCGGCAGACUGACCCCGCUGCGCUACGACCUGAGGGAUCGUAUCACUCGUCUGGGAGAUGUUCAGUACCGCCUGGACGAGGACGGGUUUUUGAGACAGAGAGGAGCGGACAUCUUUGAGUACAACUCCAAAGGUCUUCUGGUUCGUGUCUACAGUAAAGCUUCAGGCUGGACCAUCCAGUACCGAUACGAUGGUCUGGGCCGGCGGGUGGCGUCCAGAAACAGUCUGGGUCAACACCUGCAAUUUUUCUACUCGGACUUGAACUACCCAACUAGGAUCACCCACGUCUACAACCACUCCAGCUCCGAGAUCACGUCCUUCUACUAUGACCUACAGGGUCAUGUGUUUGCCAUGGAGAUCAGCAGCGGGGAGGAGUUUUACAUCGCAUGUGACAACACAGGGACUCCACUGGCUGUGUUCAGUAACAACGGACUGCUGCUGAAACAGGUCCAGUAUACAGCAUACGGCGAGAUCUACUUUGACUCAAACCUGGACUUUGUUCUGGUGAUCGGUUUCCACGGUGGACUCUACGACCCACUGACUCGACUGCUGCACUUCGGACACAGAGACUACGACAUUCCAGGUGGCAGGUGGACCACCCCUGACAUCAGCACCUGGACCAGAGUGGGCAAAGACCCUGAGCCCUUCAACCUCUACAUGUUCAGGGGAAACAAUCCCAUCAGUAAAAUCCACCAGGUGAAGGAGUAUGUCACAGACGUGAACAUCUGGCUGGUGACCUUCGGUUUUCAUCUCCACAAUGCCAUCCCAGGAUUCCCCAUUCCAAAGUUUGACAUGACAGAGCCGUCACUGGAGCUGAAGAAGAGUCAACUGUGGGACGACCUGCCUUCCAUCUCAGGUGUCCAACAAGAAGUGACCCGUCAAUCACAUGCCUUCCUGUCGUUUGAGAGGAUGCCAGAGAUCCGGCCCAACUGCCGGCGUUCCGAUCACGCGAAACCCUGGCUGUGGUUUGCCACGGUUCGGUCUCUGAUCGGUAAAGGUGUGAUGCUGGCGGUGGUGCAGGGCCGGGUGUUGACCAACGCCCUCAACGUGGCCAACGAAGACUGCAUCAAGGUGGCGUCCGUGCUGAACAAUGCCUUUUACUUGGAAGAGCUGCACUUCACCGUGGACGGCCGGGACACACACUACUUCAUCAAGACUAGCGCUCCAGAGAACGACCUCGGGGCGCUGCGGCUCACGUCAGGGAGGAAAUCACUGGAAAACGGCGUUAACGUGACCGUGUCCCAGUCCACCACAGUCAUGAAUGGACGCACGCGUCGCUUCGCUGACGUGGAGCUGCAGUACGGCGCGCUAGCACUCCACGUGCGCUACGGCACCACACUGGACGAGGAGAAGGCGCGUAUCUUGGAACAGGCGCGGCAGAGGGCGCUGUGGGGCGCCUGGAGCCGCGAGCAGCAGCGGGUUAGAGACGGGGAGGAAGGAGCGCGGCUGUGGACCGAGGGAGAGAAAAGGCAGCUGCUGAGCGGCGGGAAGGUUCUGGGAUAUGAUGGAUACUACGUCCUGUCCGUGGAACAGUACCCAGAGUUAGCCGACAGUGCUAACAACAUCCAGUUCCUACGGCAGAGCGAGAUCGGACGCAGGUAACGUCCCGUGACAAACAAAUCUUGCCGACUUCGGGACCGAGAAAGACUUUGCAGAAAACUUUGGCUAGAAAUGGAGGAAAUAAAGUUUCUAAAGAGUUGUCUCGAAAAAGAUGAGAAGUACAAACGAAUGUACAGAACCAAGACGUUUCUGUACGAGGAUCGGAGGCAAAAACUGGAAAAGGAGAAAAGAGAGGAAAAACUCAAAUGCCUUGGUUUUUCUCCAUUCCUACUGCUUCACCUUUCCAUCCAUCCCUUCUUUCCUUCCUUCUUCCCACACCUCCUUCAUUUCCAUUCUUCUGUCCCUCUUUCCUCCUUCUGUUCUCUCCUUCAGUCCUGCUUCCCAACUGCCUCAGUUUGGUUCUGGAUUUUUUUUUGUUUUUUCAGCUCCAUCUUUCCUUCUCUCUGUGUCUCUUGCCCCUCUACCAUCCUGCCUUCAGGCUGUGGUUUCAGGCUGUCCUAUGGCUCCUCCCCCUCCGUAUAGGGGGGCGGGGUUAAUCAGUCCAGCUGUCAAACAGUUGGACAUUUCAGGAUGGAGUUUUCACCACCGCAGGAAAAAAAAACAAGCAUUUAAAAUAACUUACUGUUAGCGGUUAGCCGUUAGCAUGGACCACAGUAGUAGCUGUGGGUGGGGCCUUGGGCGUGGCUCUGGAACUGUUGUGAACUUUCUCUGGGAGACAGGCACAAAAAAGAACUGAGGUUUGUACGAACAAAAAAAAAUGGACUUGUUUUUGUUUUUGUUUGUUUUUAUAGCUAAAAUAAAGUUGGCAUUUAAAAAGUGUUUACAUAAAAAUCACAUAACAUUUUACUACUGGUCCUUAUAGACCAGAACCAGAACCUGAAUUGGCACCCGGACCAGAACCAGAGGAAAACAUCUGUGUUUCAUCUGCAUCAGGUUAGACCUACACUCAGAUCUAAGUCAGACUUGGUUAAGCCCAGGUCUAAGUCUAAGACUGCAGAAGACCAAGACUAAGUCUGAGAUUUCGACUAUGGGUUUUAUGGAACCACUCAGACCAAGAACUAUGACUUUAUUCUGAGAGCCAGAAGUCAGUACUAACUUUUAAACUGAUAGAACCGAGACCAGGAACCAUGUUUUGGGUGGGUCCAGAUCUGAACUCCAUUAGAAAGUAGUUCCAGGAACACGUUUGUCCAACACUGCAGGAACACUGAUUAUUACCAUUUAUCAUGAUAUAUCGUAACUACACUAAACUGUAAAAGGACCAUUGAACACAUAGUUGAAUAAGUACCAGGAUCAAGUGACAAUCUUAGGAACUGUGUCUCUGCUGUAGGUAACAGUACCAGGAACUACUUUCCAGCAAAGGAUCAGGAUAUUUACCUGUUUCUGGUCUAGGGUCGUGAGUUUCUGGGUCUGGGUCAGGAUUCAGUUCUCUGUCUUGUGUGUCUGCUACUAUUUCAGACUAGUUGAAUUCUGGGUAAACACCGACUUGACAAAAAAUAUCAAAAGGACACGGUGCAACAGCACCCUCUACUGGACAUUAAAACCCGGACUAGAUGAAGCUAAGUAGAUUGUGCGUGUGUGCGUGUGCGUGCGCGUGCGUUUUGGGGGAGGGGGGUAAAUGUCUCCCGAAUAAAAUUCCACAUGACAAAAUCUUCAUCUUCACUCUUUCUACAAUAAAAACAAUUCUGACUGUC